AUGUCAUACAGCGAGGAGCAACUGGACCGGUACUUCCAGCACAUCAACUACCCCCGGGAGAAGCAUGCAUCGGAUCGGCUGCAACUCCUCACGGAGCUCCAGGCUCACCAGCUUGCGAGGGUCCCUUUCGAGAGCCUGACGCUGCACUACUCGGAGCAUCGACUGAUCAGCCUGGACCUGGGAGACCUCUUCGAGAAGGUGGUCGUUCAGGGCAAGGGUGGUUACUGCUUCGAGCUCAAUGCCUUCUUCGGCGCCGUUCUGAAAGGUCUCGGCUUCGACCUCAUCAGUGUCGGUGGGAAGGUCAAGGAGGGGGAGGACCGCUUUGGAGGGUGGGCGCACAUGCUGAACCUCGUCACCAUCGACGGCCAGCGCUACAUGGUAGACGUCGGCUUCGGCAAGGGAGGGGCCAUGGUCCCCGCUCCGCUGCGCAAGGACUCCGGCGCCGAAUUCACCACCAUAGCGCCCCUGCGCGGCAAGCUCGUGUACGAGAGGCUGGAGCAGAACACCGAUCCAGGUCAGCGCAUGUGGGUGUACUACUCCACGGACAGCGCCGACGGGCCCUUCCGACAGCGUAACUGCUUCACGGAGCAGGAGUUCUUCCGUGAGGACUUUGAGGUCAUGAACUACGCCGUCAUGAGCCUGCCCACGAGCUACUUCGUCAAGACUGUCCUGUGCAUGCGGACGAUCCUGAACCCCGAGACGAAGAAGGCGGACGGCACGAUCGCGCUACAUAAGGACGAGGUCAAACGCAAGAUUGGUGACAAGCUCGAGCUUCUCGAGACUCUGAAGAACGAGGCGGAGCGGGUCAGGGCCAUCGAAAAGUACUUUGGUAUUGCACUCACACCGGGUGAGCAGAAGGCGAUCAAGGGCACGCCCCAAGAGCUGCUCGAAACGAAGUGA